GGCCGAGCUGCCCGGGCGGGCGCCCAUCUUCUGGCCCGGCGUGGUACAGGGCCCGCCCUGGAGGGACGCCCGCAUCGGCUGCGCGCCGCAUCAAGGCUCGAUCCUGCUGGACAAGGACGGCAAGAGGAAGCACACGCGGCCCACCUUCUCCGGGCAGCAGAUUUUCGCUCUGGAGAAGACUUUCGAGCAGACCAAGUACCUGGCGGGCCCCGAGCGGGCGCGGCUCGCCUACUCGCUGGGCAUGACCGAGAGCCAGGUCAAGGUGAGCUGGGCGCCGGGGGGGGCGGCGGCGGCUGCGGCGUUGGGGCCGUGCGGUGACGGCGCGGGGCCGCAGGUGUGGUUCCAGAACCGGCGGACCAAGUGGCGGAAGAAACACGCGGCCGAGAUGGCGACGGCCAAGAAGAAGCAGGACUCGGAGACGGAGCGGCUGAAGGGCGCCUCGGACAACGAGGAGGACGACGACGACUACAACAAACCCCUCGACCCCAACUCGGACGACGAGAAGAUCGCGCAGCUGCUCAAGAAACACAAACCGGGCGCCGGGGGGCUGCUGCCGCACCCCGCCGAGGGCGAGGCCUCCGCGUAGCCCCGCGCACAUGUACAGAUCUAUUUUUCUACGCUCCGAGCGGCCGGAGCCGGACUGCGGGCUCGCGUUCUCGUAGGGUCGCCGGACGCGGCCGAGCCGGGCCGGACUGCGGCGUCGUUAUGGUAGGGUCGCCGGCGGCGGGGCCACCUGUUGAAGGCUCUUUGUAAAUACCCCGUGGGUCCCGGCUGUGAAUAGCGCCCGUGUACGAUACCUUCGUUUUUUUGUACGGCCGCCGGGCCCCGCGGACUGGGGGGGGGGGACCGCCCGCGUGGCGGUGGGGGUGCGGUGCCCGAGGCCGUGCCGAUAGGAAAGGAGAAAGAAAAUGCCCCCAAAAGAGCGAAACUCGCGCUGGUGGGAAUUGGCGCAGCCGCUUUCGGUCGGAAUAUAAAAAUCCAUUUAGUUGCUGUCAUUGAAUUUAAGGUGUGUUUUCCUUUUGUAUCAUACGGAAUACUAUAGAAUGUAAAUUGUUUUCUUCUUUUUUUUUUUUAAGCUAAUAACGAUGAUCUAUCGUGACAUAGCGUCUUAACCUUUAUUAAUUUAUAUUAAAACCAAUUCGGUUUGUAAAGAGAAGGAGAAGCCCUUUGCAAGCCCCGUUCGAUGUAAUGCACUUUCUGUUCGCAAACAAAACAACGAUAAAACCAAUUAAACCCUUC